UCUUUCAAUGAGAAUCUUAAUUUCACACCCUCCAGUUACUAACUGAGUGUCAUGGAGAAAUUGUUUUUAAUACUUUCAAAGCUCCUUAUAAUUUGUACGAUCGCCUGUUGUUUCUGGGCUGCAGUUGUCUUUUGAAACAAAUGCCAUUGCUGUCAAACCAUAUAUGACAGAAGAUAAUACGCCCAAACAGAAUUCUAGAUUCUUUUUUCAUAAUAAUGAUAAUCACAUUUAAUUUGUGUUUUUGAAUAAUUAUUUACAUCAAGAGAAAGGAUUGUGCUGAUCUCGAUGUUCUCAUGGUCCUGCAUGAAUUCCCCAGUAGGGCUGUUUAAUUCAGUUUGAAUUUCCCUGUGUCUAGUGGUAUACCACAGGGUUCAGUGCUGGGCUCAUUGCUGAUUGUUAUGUACAUUAAUGAUUUUGACAUGAAUCUAGGAGGUAUGAUCAGUAGGUUUGCAGAUGUCAUGAGAAUUAGUAGUGUAAAUAAUGAGUAGGCAAGCCUUAUAAUAAAGGACAAUAUAGCUGGGCUGGUCAGAUGGGCUGAAGUGUCAAAUAUAAUUUAAUCCUGAAAAGUGUGAAGUGAUGUAUUUUGGCAGGACAGCAAGACAUGACAGUACACAUUGAAUAUUAGCAUCCUAUGAAGUAGAGAAUCAGAGGGACCUUGGUGUACAUGACCGUAUAUUCCUGAAGGUAGCAGGAUAUGUAGAUAAAGUAGUAAAGAAGGUAUGUGGGAUGCUUGCGAUAGACCUUUAUUAAUCAAAGUAUUGAAUACAAGUACAAAGUGAUUAUGAUGGAGCUCUCUGUAACAUUAGUUUAGCUAUAGCUAGAGCACUGGGCAGUUCUGGUCAUCACACUAAAGAAGGAAGUGAAAAUUUAACCCAGAUGUUUCCUGGGCUACAGCAAUUUAGCUAUGAAGAAAGUAGAAAGACAGGUUAUUUUCCUGAGCAGAGAAGGCGAAGGGGGAUCUGAUUGACGUGUACAACAUUCUGAGGGGCAUGGAGAGGCUGGAUAAGAAGAAAAAAUUCUCCUUAGUAGAAGGAUCAAUAGUCAAGGCUACAGUUUUCAGGUUACGAACAGAAUAUUUAGAGUGAGUUUGAAGGGAAAAAGAUGCAUCCAGAGGGUUGUGGGUAUCUAGAACUCACUGCCUGGCAGGCUGAUAGACCGUCAGAAUAUUUUAAAAACAUUCAGAUUAGCACUUGAAAAAUCUUUAGCAGUGAAGGUUACGGGCCAAGUACUGGAAAAUGAGAUUAGAAUAAAUGGAGGUUUAGAUGUUGGAAUCUGUACCGAACAAAAAAUGCCGGAAAUCACUGCGAGUCAGGCAGCAUCCGUGGAGAGACAGCAAGCUAACGUUUCGAAUUUAUAUUACUCUUCAUCAGAACUGAUGGAUGUUUGAUGACAGGUGUGGACUCGAUGGGGCGAAGCGUCUCUUUCCGCGCUAUAACAACUCUGCUUUAUAAUUCAUCGCACCCCAGGGCAUUUUCUCCCUAUACGUUGCUAAAACCAUUUCAGUCUGGUUCUACACAUUUAAAACAAAACAUUAAUCAGUUAAGACGAGCCUAGUGAGACACAGUUCAGCUUCUACGCUAUUCUCAGGAUGUUACAAACUAUUGAAAUAAAUCCUCGUCAUACUCCUUCUGCUCCACAGGUUGUCUUCCGGUAUCCCAUGAAGCUAUGCGUUCCCAAUCAUCCAUCAGCCUUUAUGGUCUUUCAUGGCGGUGGCUUUGAAAGUCAAACUCGUUGCUCAGGCAGUAGUCUUUGUAAACAAAGGGAUUGAAUCGAUCGCGUCCGCCUUCACCCUGUUGGUCCUCCUGUAUCCCAGAGUGCCACGCAGGUAGUCCUGCCGCCGGCGCUAGUAGUAGGAGCGGGAGUGAAUUGAACAGAUCGGUUUAUUGUGGGAGAGGUUCAAAUUGUUGUAAAUACCAUGUGUAGGAAAGUACCAGGAAAACGAUGAAAACCAAAAAAACUAAAGCGGGAAAACUCGGAAAGAAAACCAAAGGUACAAAGAGCGCGUUUCUCUUCUGUUUCAAACAGUGAAAAUUGUCCGCUGUUUCUUUAGGCCGCUUUAUUAGUAAGUGGACAUAAAUGACUGGGAAAAAAGAUGUGGAAAUAUCCUUAGGCGCAACCGAAAUCCUAAACUGUACAUCUGAAAACAUGUGACGGGACACUCAGGUCCUAUUCUACAAAGAGUUCGUUUUUUUGAAAUAAAAACGGAAGAUGCUGAUUCCAAAAUAUAGUGGAAUUAGUGAUGUCUUGCCAUCUACUAGUCUGCCACCACUUGUUGAAGGCCAGGUUCAAUAUUUUCUCAGGGUAACAGUUAGUAAAAUCUUGUGGAACAUUCCCAGGCCUCCAGCUGUCCCCCAUGUUAGACUGCGCUGGUGGGGUGAAACCUCCAACGGCACCCUGUUUCGACCUGGAGAUGCUUCACAUAUUGAACAGAAGUCUGUGAAAACAACUGCACGAUAUGCUGUUCGCUGUGGACAGAAACAAUUUACUUCUUACCUCACAGAUAUGGGAGUAUUGAUAUUGGAGGUGAUGGGAAAGCCUGACCAUCUUCCUAUUGGCCGGGUUCAAAUAAACGGAAUUCCACAGCUUUCACCAACCCAUGGGAUUAGUGGGUUCUUCAAAAUAAUUUCAUCCACCUCUGAGAAACUUGGAGAACUACAGGUGUCACUUGCUCUGGAACCUCUGUCAGACAGUUACAGCAGCAGCAGUUCUGUUCCAAACACUGACACGAGUAUGGAUGGUGCAAUUUCUGUCAAAAGCUCUGCAGUAUUGCAUAGUUCAAAAGCAGGAUCUUUUGAAAAUCUCAAUGAGCUUCCUGCUCCUCGAAAGUCAUCCAUAACCAGUGCAAGUGGAAAGGAGUCGCUGUCAAGUAGCACCUGUAAUACCCCAAGAGGACGAGACCAUAUGUAUUUCCAGGAGAAUGCCAAUACUACUAAGACUGUUUCAUCUGAAAAUAAGCAGUCACUGCCUUCAGCCCCCAUUGCUCAUGAAGAGGCUGGUGACAAGCAGAUUGCUGCACAAGUAUUGCUAGCAGAUAACCAAUCCACCAAAAACCUUAUUUCAGUUCUGUUGGACCGAGGCAGCAAACUACGAAAUGCAAUGGUGGUUUCUGCUAUGCAAACUGUUCCUGACAAUGUAUCUGCAUUGGCGAACAUUCCUUCUGUGAAUCCGUAUCAGGACAUUGGCAAGCCAAUAUCAAAAAUAGCAUCUCCUUCAGGAAAGUUGCUGGAAUCUGAAGCUACUUGCAUAACCAAAGCUUUUUUAUUGCCUUCCCCUGAGCACCCCUUAAAAGAAAUCCAUCCAAACACAGACGCCACAGUCAUCAAAUUACUCCUAGGCAGCUCUGACUCGAUCCCUCUUCAUGACUGGGAUGGCCUGGGCUCUCUUCCAGAGUCCUUAUCUGCAGGAAGUAGUGUUUUGGAUGAAAGUGAACUGAAUGAUCCUCAUUAUGAUCAGAGCCUCUUGGAACAUCUCUUCUACAAGAAUUCUAAAUCUGAAAGUAGUGCUAGUGAUUUUACUAGUGAAGAUGAGGAAUUCGACAUCUCAAAGAAAAAACUGAAACAGCAGUCCCUUUGCAAAACUGAUAUCCAUAACCAGCACAGUCUGUCACAUAAUGCCCCGCAUCACAAUGUUACUGGUUUGAAUCAAAAUGGGGCAGGAAAAUGUACCAGCUCCCACCCUCUGCAAGAAGGUCCUCUACUAGAUGAGCAGGAAGUGCAAGCCAUUGGGUUAAGUGUUGAUAGAAUAACCUUAUUGGGUCGCAUUUACCUGGCCCGAGUCAUCAUUGAGACACUAAAACUCCCUCCUGACAGCACUCAAACAACACCAAAACAAAAAGGCAGUAGUGGAAAGCCACCUCGACCAGUUCCUGGAAGAAAAUGCACGUACUUUGUUGAGUAUCACUUUCCUGUGGCUACACCUUCAAGAGCUGGAGGCAGAAAUGUUUCCAUGGCAUCUGAAAUUACAUGGGUAGCUUCCAGCAAAGUUACACGAGAAGUUGUGAAGUUCCAGCAGCGUUUUGUUUUUCCUAUUUGUUUUAGUGGUUUAAUGAUAGAGCGAUGGUGGAACUCUGAUCUUGUGUUCAAAAUUCAUUCCAAAAAGAGUACACAGAAAAAGCCCAUUUUGAUCGGCACAGCUACUCUUGCACUUCGAGCUGUCAUUCAAUCAGACUUGUUAAGUAUUACCAAUGAAUUGCCUGUGGAAAUGGUGUUUGACAAUAAAGGACAACAGCAACCGAUUGGUCCUUUAAAGGUGGCUAUCGAGCUUGUCGCUGACAACAAAUAUUUUACCAGUGCUAAUGCCAGAUUAGCUGUUUCUCCUAAAAGGACUUGUGCUAUAUCUAAUCCAGGAUCAAAACUUCCGGUAGAGCAGCUCAAAGGUGUUGAUGUUUGUCCAGUUGAUCCCUGUCCUUUUCGUCCACGUGCCUUUAAAUUGUCAAAUAAAAGAAAUGUUGAAGCUCAUUUGAAACAAAGUCGUGCAAACUACAUAUCCAGACCGAGCUAUCAAAAUCAUCAUAAUGCUUCCCCUGAAUCUGCAGUGCAAAAUUCAAUAGAACAGUUUAAUUUUUCAGUUGAAGAAGAAAUGGGUUUUUUAUUGCAUGUUCUACUGAUGGUGCCUGAUGGAAAAGACUUUGUCGUGAGGGAUGGCAGAAUGCAGCAACAGGACAAUAUCUACCUAAAAUGUAAGCUUUUCAGCACAGAUGAGGCAACAAGAUCUACAGUUAGCUGCAGCACAAGCUGCCCAAUUUUCAACUUCUCACUGGUAACUCCAAUCACAUUGACUCCCAGAUUAUUGGAGAGGAUGAAGAAUAACAUGAUGAUUAUAGAGGUCUGGAAUAAAGUGAUUAACACACAGCAGGAGAAACUUCUUGGCCUUGUGAAGCUACCUCUACAUCAGUUUUAUAUAUCUUUUAGGGAUCCCAAGAUUUCACAUUUAUUGCUCCAAGCUCAAUAUCCGGUGGUUGCUGUGGACAGCUACAUGCCAAUGAUGGAUGUUUUCACAGGCAGUCAAAAGGGCAACCUUCGUGUUCUACUAGCAAUGGGAGAAGCAGACCAAAUAGCAGCACUUCAGAAAUUGAAAAAUGAUGAGGGAAUAUCGCUUGCUAGUGUGCAGCAGAUACCUCAUUUUCUGGAUCAAGUGCUUUCAGUUCCUUCAAAGUUGGACAGAAAGGAGACAAAACAACUGAUAGAACAUUUAUUUGAGAUAAAUGUGAUGCAACUUAAAGGAUUGACUCCUUUGCAAUCCACUGUCUGGGGAGAAGCAGACUGCUAUGUACAAUAUUAUUUCCCAACUCAAGAUGUAAAUACAAUAACUGAGAGAGUACCAUUUGGAAAUGACAUCAUCUUGAAGCCUUUUCGAACAGCAACCACAUUGUGUGUACCAGAUCCUCUGUUUAAUGACUGCCAAAAUCAUUCUCUCCUCAUCCCACUGGACCUUCCAGUUCAGAAGAUACUGCUGAAUACUUGUUCAAAGCAAAUGUUUGGAGAAGGCAGUGGCAUUCAGUUUGAAGUUUGGUGUAGGUAUUAUUACCCGAAUGUUAGAGACCAACUUGUUGCCAGGAGUGUCCUACCUUUAUCAAAGCUGUGUGCUAUGGUAACUAUGCAACAUCGCAAGGAGGUUGGAGUUCAAAUGUUUAGUAUUCCCCUAAUGCCUAGAACAGAAAAUGUUGAAGGACAUCCUGUGCGCUCCACCGGCUUAUUGGAUGUUAGUGUAAAAUAUAGAUGUUCAGUGCAAACAACUGAGGAUGCCAGGGAAGGUAUCGUAGCAUCUCAUGCUGUGUCCCUUUCAAUAAAGCUCCUCCGGGCUUCAGGGCUACAAGCUGCAGCAAGGAUUGCAGCAGAAAGGAACCAAUCAUUGAAAUGCCAAUCUGAAAUUGGUGUGAAUACCUAUGUUACAAUUCGUAUUUCCUUUCUGCUGGAAAAUGAAAGGCAAUGUACAAAUGUGGUUGCCCGUACAUUCUGCCCAGAAUUUGAUCAUUCCUCUGAAUUUCCAUGCAACCUGGUAAUGCAGAGAUCCACAGGAGAGAGUUUCAGUUUGGCUGAACUGCUGGAGUCAUCAGAAGUCGUGUUUACUAUCUACCAUCAGUCUGUUACAACAGCUAAACAAAGCACAUUUGUAAUUGGUUCAUCAAAGGACAUUGAAUUGGGAUCUGUACGGAUUCCCCUGUCAGCCUUGCUGACCAGACGGACAGGCAUCUCGGGUUGGUAUGCAGUGAGUCUUCCAGAGGUUAUCACUUCUGCUCAGUCUUGUGGAAUUCUACAGAACUUGGUUGGUGGGCUCGAGAUUUCAAUCCACUUUGCACAUCCCAAUGACAGAGAGCGUGUCAUAAAGGCUGCAGAGGCACUGGACUGGCAGUGUGGAACAAAUGAGGAAAAAGUUAAAGAGUGGCAAUCUCCAGAAAGUAGUGUAUCAAUAACACUAACUGUGUCACGGAUAUGGCUCCCAUUGCACUGUGUAAUGGUGGCUGGACAAGAGCAUCUAGAUCAAUCCACCUUCUGUUACCUUCGGUAUAAAUUGUAUGAUAGAGAGGCUAUUUGUACAUCACUUCAAAAGCCAGUCCUGACUGUGAACAAAAGUUGUGCUACAGUGAGCUUUGAUGAGGUGAAGACUAUAUAUCUGAAAAGAACCCAAUCAUUGAUCUGGUACCUAAGUGAAGAAAAACUAGAAGUACAAGUCUGGUUGUCACAUGGAAACAAUAACAAGACUCUGAGACCUCAUGAUACUGAUCGAUUAGUUGGAUAUUCAUUCAUAGAUCUGUCGACCCUGGCAGAGAAAUCUUCAAGAAAGCUUACAGUUAGUGGCAUUUAUCCACUUUUCAAGCGAGGUGCUUCUGACCUAUCAGGUGCAGCUGUAAGGUUCCACAUCACACUAGCACCAAAUGAUCCACUACUAUCUGACGACUGUACUUCUCAGAGAAUAAGCUAUGCAGAGAAUGACCAUGAUUACGAACAUGGUACUGAGGAAGAUGUACCAUUCAUUAAUGAAAAAGAACAAGCAUCAAAAGAAUACAUUGAUAAAGGAACAUCCACAGGUUCUAAUGUUGAAUGCAAGAAAAUGGCUAAUGAAAUUUCUGAGGUGGACCUAGCUAACACAUUUGCAGUGAACGUUAUAGUAGAAAGAGCAAUGCACAUAAGCUUGAACGGUUGUCCUUUGACAGAGCAAACUGGUGUCAAACCCAGUUGCUAUGUGUCAUACACUACACCAGUCAGUCCCACUCCUAUAACAACCCAUCUGAUAGAAAAUACAAACAGCCCUGUUUGGGACCAUCAACAGCAAACAAGGUUGGCCAAAGAAUUGUUACUGGAUCCACAGCAAACUCUGGUUUUUAAAGUGUGGCAUAAAGCAGCUAUUGAUCGGGUUGUAGGGUUUGCAUCUGUAGAUCUUUCUGCUUUAUUAUCUGGAUUUCUAUGCAUAUGUGGUUGGUACAAUAUCACUGACUUUAGUGGUCACUGCCAAGGACAACUUAAAGUAGCAAUCACUCCUUUGGAAAAUAUCCAUCACCUGAGAGGGAGAAGAUGGACCCAAACACACAAACUACCAGCAGUUUCUAUUCCUACUCUUGAAUCAUUAUCAUAUAAGACCAGCGGCACAUACAACUCUUUCCCCAGCCAUAUCUCCAAAUAUUCAGAACAGCUUAUCACAUCUUUGAAUGCGGAUCCUUUGUCAGCCAAUGAUAGAUCAGUCAACAUAGAUAUCCAAACCUCCCGCCAUGAGGAACACAUGCAAAAUGUACGAAGGUUUCAUCAGUCCUUGCAGCAAAUGGAAUACAGCAUGCACAGUGCUGGGUAUUCAGAAUCACUAUCACAAACUUCACGGACUUCACUCUUUAGUGCUUUAAGGAAGAAUCUCAGCGAGCUGGAUGAUAUUCAACGAUACUUCAGUGAGAAACUGUCGACAUCUCCAUUUUCUCGCAUGAUUAACCCAGCCCCACAGCAAAGAACAGAUGAUAAUCAAAUGGAUGGCUGCAUUAGACCCUUGCAAUCUGGUGAUGAGAUCUUGGAGAAGUCAUAUAAACUGGUCACUGAAUCUCGUCAUUUUAUGAAUGGUCUGCAAGGUGGAAAUAAAGCUGAUGUUACUAUUUCAAUGCAGCCUUCUCAAGGUACAGAAGAAGAUUGGGAGAAAAUAGCUGAAAAUGAACCACAACAAUUACAAAAUGAAAGCGACCAAAAUAAGAAUAAAGUGUUUCUGUAUGUGCAGUCACCAGAGAGGGCAACUCAUUUCUGUGCUCAAGGCAAUCCAGAGUUGAAAAAAAAUGAAAUUUAUGAAUAUUUUAAUCAAGAUCAUAGAAGCUCCCAGAACAACAGUUCUACUGUAGAACGUGAAACCCAGCAUUAUGGUAGUGAAGGAUGUAGUGAAGAAGGAUAUGAAGAAGAUGUGAUACAACCAAGAACCUUGAAUGACAUGACUGUUAUGACUGACAGGACGAGCCCUUGGUCGAGUAUUUUCUCAGAUUUGGAGGACAAUUAUAAGCUUGAGUGUGAAAGAGAGGCCCAGAAGCCAAUAGGAAAUGGAAGUCUGGCUGCAGAAGUGCAAGUAAAUCCUAUCCAUGUACAUGAUGAGCUGUUUAUCGAGAGAUUGCAAAAUGAGAAUUAUAAACCAACCAGCAAUAUGGAAGCUGGUGAGUCCUCACCACAUGCAGAAAGAUCACGAUCAGUAAAUGAAGGAACAGAUAUUGAUUUGCCAGACAGAAAUGUAAUUCUCCAAAGUGAACAAUUCACACAUACAGGAUUUCUAGAAAUACAGUCCUCAGAUGAUCAGUAUUCUGUUUCCUCAAGUCCUGACAAAGCAGAAGAGCUAAUGCAAGAAAAUGCAAAUCUUACAGGACAUGACAGUUUUCAAAGUAGAACAUUUGCGAUCACAGAUAGGAAAGAAAGAUGUUUAAAAGUAAAGAAUAUUCUUGAAGAUUGUCACCAUGCAAACAGCAUCAGUGAGGUUGGAAAUGAAAACCAAGAGUCCUCUGAAACACAGACCCAUGAAGAUUCACAGUUCUCUAAAGCAGGUGGGGAAUAUGUUCGGAGGAUGCAUGAAGAGAGUGCAAAUAAAGAUUCAACAGACGAUACACAUUCAGUCAUUUUACCUGAUCCAGUUAUAAUUCCAAACUUUUUUCUCCCACCAAGUAAUUUGGAAGCUUCAAUGAGGGUGCUCAAUGCUGCACAAUCAUUCCAAACUGCUGCAGCAGAUCCAUAUUCUGAGACACAAUGUUCCAUUAGUACUGUUUACUUCAUUCCGGCUGCCCUGAAGGCUUACAAUUGCAAUCAUCUCUCUUGUGAAAUCUCUAGAACAGAAAUAUGCAUCUUGAACAUGAAUAAAGUUUCAAGUCUGAAUAGAACCAGUUCCUGGCGCAGCAAUCGUCCAAAACCAAGAUUAACACCGACUGAACUACCAAAGGAAGAAACUGAAAGAAUUGCUAAGAUUUUUGCAGGGCACUUUACAGAAGAAAGCUGAAAAAAAGUAAUUCAUUUUAAUACAAUUUUAGAAUCGGUAUCAUAAUUCACAACUAAAAUUGAAGAUGUCCACAUAAAUUUCCCAUGACUUUUAAUGCUGGGUCUAGAAUUAUUUGCUUUUUGCUAAUGAGACCUGAACGUUGAAUGGAAUAAAGUUUAUUACCAAUGAUACCCUUUGCUUCUGGAAAGAAAAUACAAAUGUAGUUAUCAUGUAUUAUUGCAUAUCGGUUCAGCCUUUUUGGUCUAGAAGUUCUGCUUUCUUAUGAAUGAUAGUACACAGAGAUUUUACUUGUGAUGUAAGUACAAUGUUUGAAUUUCCAUCUUCCUCAUUACCCAUGGAAAUUUAUCUUCCUUCUUCCACAGCAUCAUAAGUGAUGUGCUAAGCAGCCUGAAACAGAUGAUGGGCAGUGUUAAGCAUAUGGCCCAAAUGAGCAAGACAGUACAUUUUCUACAUUCCCCACUUCAUAAAGCACUGAAAUAAUAAAGUUACAGCACUUACUUCAAUGCAGUGUUUUCAUUGCCCACUUAUAGGAUUUUCCAACCAUUAUUGUUCUGGUACAUAUAAUCUGUUUAAAUAGCUCAAAUUGCAUAAGCAAUCUAUUCUCCUCUCCCAAACCUUUACAAUGAGAUGUUUAAGUCUCCAUAACCUUAGCUAUACAGGAUUCUAAUGCUUGCACUGGGAACUUGCACUCAUGAAUUCACAGAAGUACCUCAGUAACUGGAGCACAUACACUGAGUAUGUGAAGCUGAACACUCGGAAUAAUAGAAAAGUAUGAGAUAGACAGGGAUACCGUUACAUUAAAAUAAGUGAACUUAUAGUGUUAGUCCGUAUGACAUUUUGGGGGGCGGGGGGGGGGGAGAGAAAAUGCCUGAAUCGAUUGCUUAUUUCAGGAUGAACUAGUCAGCAAUCAGCAAUGGAUAAUUGUUUUAUUCCUCUUCAUAAUAUAAUUGUUGCGACUGGGUGCAUUCUCAGAACCGCUAUUUACUUUGCAAUAAAAACCAUUAUGCAGGAACAAAUGAACCAGACUUUAAAUGGGUGUUACUUUUUUCAAACCUCUAAUCCAGUUUGAUUAUCUAUUUGAGGAAUAGUUGUAUAAUUUUUUUACAUUGUUAUAUUGGAUCAUAUAAUAAGGGAAAGCCACUGUCCCCUGGGGUGUAUUCACAAUCACUAGUGUCUCCUUUCCUGUACUUCAGCUUUAACAUUAAUCUACCAUUUCAAUCUGCAAUGUACUUGUUUGGCCUUUAUUGUAUAAGAAAGAGGAAGAUGACUCCGUGCCUUUCAGAUGUACACUUGGUAACAUUGUUUUGUAGUGCCAACAAGAAGCAAAUUGGACCAUUAUUAAUAAAUUAAUAAUACAUACAAAAUAGGAGCAGGAGUAGGCCAUUCAAUAAAGUAAUGAUGGUUCUGCCCAGGCUUCAAUCCCUCUUUCUCCAUAGACUUCAACUCCCUGAUAUUUCAAAAAUGUAUCUAUCUUUUUAAAUAUUUUGUGAUCUAGCCUCCACAAUUCUCUGUGAUAGAGAAUUGUAGACAUUCCAUACCUUCUAGGAGAAGAAAUUACUUUGCAUCUCAGUUUUAAAUGUGUCCCCUUAUUCUGUAACUAUGUUCCUUAAUUUGAGAUUACCUCACUAGUGAAAGCUUCUCCUUGACAUCUUCCUUGUCAAGCCUCCUCAGAGUAUGUUACAUUAAGAUCACCCCUCGUUCUUCUAAACUACAAUGAAUAACUAGUUUAGUCAUAAGUAAAUCCCUUCAUUCAGAAAUCAGCCUGCUGAAUCUCUUUUGAACUACCUCCAGUUAUAAAAUAUUCCUUUUCAAAUACAGAGACCACAACUGUACACAGUACUUGCCAGUGCAGCCUAGUCAAAAUCUUGUACAGUUGGAACAAGACUUCCCUGCUUUUAAAUUCUAAAACCAACAAAAAUGGCCAGAAUUCCAUUUGCCUGUUUAAUUACUUUGUAUAUCUGCAGGCUAAUUUAUUGUGUUUCAUGUACAAUAAUAUGCAGAUCAUUCUGCUGCACAUUUUUAGAAUCUGUCUCAAUUUAAAUUAGAGUUUCUUAUUUUUCCUGACAAAGUGUAUGACCUCGCACUUCCCGACAUUAAUCUCCAUCUGCUGAACUUUUGCUCAACCUAUCUAUAUACCCGAUAGAUUUCUUAUAUCCUCAUCAUAAAAUGCCUCCUUAUUGUCAGCAAAUUUGGACACAUUGCACUCUGCUCUAUGUUCUUUUAAAUAAGGUCUGUGCUGUAAGUACAGAAUGUCAAAAUCUUAGGGCAGCUAAUUGCUUUCAUGUAAAUGGAUGGGAGGACUUCAUUUAGUUGGCAUUGUUUUAAUCUAUUUGUAUUUGUACGAAAUUAAAUUUUGUAUAAUAAGCUAUUAAAUUUUAACAUACAUUUGUAUUAGUUAAAAAUAUGUCUUUGGUUUUUCAGAAGUAUCACAGGACAAUAAAUUAUUUUUCAAUGUGGUACUUUUUUGUUUUCUUUGUCAUACAGUUGUCUGAUUUACUGAAACCAGUUGGAACAUCCUGUUGCUCUGAUUGACUUGCAUUAGGAAUAGGAGCAUGCUCCAUGAUUCAGCUACAUCAUAACUAAUCUCCUAUUUUCAGUGCUGUCUUCCCACAUUAUUCCCAUAUUGUUUGAUAUUUCCAGUAUCUAGAAAUUCAUUGAUUUCUGUUUUGAACAUAAUGAUUGAUCCUAUGUAGCCCUUUGAGCUGGGUAAUUCCGAAGAUUCACCACCCUCUGAGUGAAGAAAUUCCUCCUAAUCUCAGACUUAAAUAGUUUGCCUGUUAUUCUGAGAUGGUGCUCCUUCGUUCUGGAUCACAUGCCAAGGGAAGCAUCUUUCAUAAAUCUACCCUUUCAGACGUGCAGGAACUUUGCAUGUUUCAAUGAAAUACUGUUACAAUGCGAUAAUCUCCUGUUUCCUAAAUGCUAUUGGACUGUAUAUCACAAAAGGAACUCUAAAAUAACAAAUAUGCUUAGUAUUGUAAUUAGUUGAAACUUUAUUGCUGGAACAGCACAGCAGGUCAGGCA